AUGAGGUCACACACGUGCCGGAGUGGCGAAAAACGGGCCCGAGAGAAAAUUCGGUACCAGGAGAUCAGGAGUAGCGAGCAACAUUUGAAGAGAAAACAUCUUGCACACCUUAAUCCUAUUAUAGAAACUGAAGAACAAUUAGACUCAGAUGUACUAUCAGCCGGUCCUUCUACUAGUUCUAAUUUACAAUUAGAACAUUCAGUUUCUAAUACGAGUUCACAGCAGCCCUGUAUUUCACCUAUACCUAAACGUUCUCGCCAGUUAAAAUUAUUUGGUUCGAUUAGAGGUAAUGAAUUAUCCAAAGUAGAAAAAGGUUCGAUAGACAAAAGUCUAAUCAAAAUGAUUUCUGUUGAUUAUCAACCACUUUCAUUAGUUGAUAAUAUUGGAUUUUUGGAGUAUUCAAAAAAAUUACAGCCUUUGUAUAAGCCGCCUAGUAGGAAAACGUUAACUAUGAAAUUAUUACCGGAUGAAUAUAAUAAGAUAGCUACCAUUCUUAAAUCUAUGUUAAGAAGUGUCAACAAUGUUUCAAUUACGACUGAUAUGUGGACAUCAGAUAGCAAUAGGGCUUAUUUAACAGUUACGGGUCAUUUUAUAUUUAAUGAUCAUUUAUAUUCGCCUGUUUUAUCAACAAGAGAAAUAAUUAAAAUACAUACUGGUGCAAACAUUGCUACUUCAAUUUCAACUAUUUUAAUUGGUUUAAUUGUUAAUGAUGCAAUUACUUCAAAUGAAGAGUUAUUUAACGUGCUAAAAAAAUCCCGAGCAUUGGUUGGGCAUUUUAAACAUAGUGUUUCCGCGUCUACAAAAUUAAAAGAAAUACAAAAUCAAAUGAAUGUUCCCGAAUUAAAAGUUAAGCAAGACGUUAGUACUAGAUGGAAUUCUAGUUUGAUAAUGUUAGAAAGACUUAUUCAAAUUAAAGCACCGUUAUCUGCCGCAAUAACAUUUCUUCCUCAUGCUCCAAAUUUCUUAACUGCGUUAGAAUGGGAAUUAAUAUCUGACUGUCUUCCGUUAUUAAAACCUUUUGAAAUAAUGACAGUUGAGUUAUCCGGAGAAAAUUAUCCAACACUAUCCAUAGUUAUUCCUUUGAUACGAGGACUUCAGAAUACAUUGAGAAACAAAACGACUACAACAGCAGCAGGUACUUUACUUAAAAAAACAGCAAUCGAAGUUUUAGCUAGGCGUUUAGGGAUAUUAGAAUGCAAUAAAAUAGUAGCAAAAGCUACAUUUUUAGAUCCAAUAUUUAAAAAGACAGGAUUUAGGUUAGUGGAUAAUGCAAAUAAUACGGAGAAAUGGAUAACAGAUGAAAUUCAUUCUAUAAUGAAAAAUACUCAAGAGAACUGA